CUUGUUGGUUUAGAUAAGUUACUGGUUUUGUAUGGUUUUGUUGGCUCUCUUUUUUUUGUAGCUUGUUGGAGAAAAAUAGAUUUGAGCGAGAUUCUGAGUUUGGUUGAUUGUUUUGCUGGAGGUAUUGAUGAUGCUUCUGUUGUUGAGUCUGGUCAGUGUGCCGCUGGUGUGGAGCCUACGGCAUAUGCUCAUAGUAUUGUUAUGGGUCUUAUGAGUUCGACAGUUCCUGUACCGUCCGCUGAUGUUUCUGAAAAGGAAGUUGUUGUUACGGGCAGUGGAAGUGUUGUGGCGAAAAGGGCUGCCGCUGGUCGUUCACCAAAAGACGUGCCGCCUUCGAAAUCUCGCAAAAUUGUGAGCUCUGAUGUUGAGCUGCCUUUGGUGGUUGAGUCUCCUGCUGCGGAGAAGGCAUCUUUUGAGUCAUUUGAACAUUCGUUCAAUGGUUUGGCUUCGGGAUGUGGUGAUCUUUUCAAGUUGUUUUAAUCACAUGGUGGCGUUGAUGGUUUGCCUUUUGAUCAAGUUAGGCGCGGUGAGUGGUAUCAGGAGUUCGCUCGUCACUUGGCCAUUGCUACAAAGUUUGCGAAUAAAUUGGUGGUUAAUCAAGAUGAAGAGCUUGAAGAGGUGAAGGUCGAGCUCGAAAAAACAAAGGCUGAGCUUGCUUCUAUUAAGGAUAAGGCUGACGGUUCCGAGGAAAUAGCGGCUCUGCGCGGCAAGUAUGAGGCUGAGAAGAAAGUGUCCUCAGAUGCGUUGGAAGAAGUUGAAAAACUCACUGCAAAGAUAGCUUUGGAAGGUGGGCAGGUGAAGAAAAGUCAAGCGGCCGACUUGGAGCGUUUUAAGAAGGAAAAGGAAGUGGCGGGUAGGAGGUAUCACAGGGCAGUAAUGAGACAUGAUGAUGUGCUUGCUACUUUCAAUUCUCGUAUGGAAAAGGAGCGGAGGUAUGUGGAAAAUCAGAAGGUUGUUCGCAUAGCUAUGUAUGGAGUGAAUCAGAUCAUGGGAGUGCUCGAUGCUGCCAAGACUUGGAAGAAAGAGGCAACAAGUAUUCCUGAUGGAAAGGUUAAGCAUCUUGAGAAUGAAUUGGUCCGGAGGAAGGAGAAGGCGAACUUGGUUGUUCGUGUUGAGUUUGAACCCAAGGAACUGGCUGAUAUCCCAACUGCGGGUCCGAGCUUGCUGACGGCGGGUCUGAGCUCGCCUCCUGUCGCUCCGAAUUCGUUCGUUGUGGCUCCAAGCUCAUCUCCUGAUGUUACUUCGGGUUCACUGUUGGAGAAAGAGUAUGGUCGAGAUGCGGAGGGCACGAGCUUGCCAUUGGUGGGGUCGAGCUCGGCUUUUGUUUCAAGUUCAGUUCCUAGCUCGUUCCUAGGUUCGAGCUUGCCGUUUGCUGUUCCGAGCUUGUCGUUAUCGAUGGAGCUGUGUCACAGUGAGGUGGGGUUGAGCUUGUGGUCUUUUGGUUUGAGCUCGUCUUUCGUUCCGAAUUUAUCUUCUGUUGUGCAGAACAUGCCGUCUGUGAUGGAAACGUCGGAGCUGAGUUCGCUGAUUGGUAUGCCGUCGGAUGGGAAGGUUGCUUGUGAGCAGCUGUCUUUAUUAGUUCAUAAGAUGGAGCUUGCCGAUGGCCGCAAGUCGUGGUCGGAGAUUGCCGAAUCUGUUAUUGUUGUUGAGUUAGGUACUCUUACUGGAAGUGAAGCAGAAGAUAGGGUAAGCAUGAGUUUGAUCGAGGAAGGGACUGGGUUUCUUUUUAAUGAGCAUGGGACUAAUUUAGCAGUGGAGCCUGGCGUUGAGGGGUCGAGGUUGUCUUUAGCAACGCCUCUUAUUGUCCCUAGUUCGUCAUCUUUGAUGAAGAAGACUAUGUUAGAAACUGUCAGGGAGCAUGAGCAGAUGCGGCUGGCGAACCUUUCUCAAACUAAAGAGUCGUCGUCGGAAACUACAAGUUCCUCUGAUGAUAGUUCGUGUUCGAGUUCUCAUAGUGAGAAAUCUGUGGAUAGUGCUGAUGUCGCUGGUGAAUAUGAUGACAUUUCUGAAGAUGUUAAACGAGAUGAUGACGUUGAAAGCGUUGGUGGUGAGGAUGAUGGUGCUCUGGGGAGCGUCGAUGAUGAGUGGAAUGGGAACGUUAAUGUUGGCGAGGAAAGUGAUCAAGACGAGUAUGCUAGUGAUGGUGAUCAUGCUGCUGCUGGAGAUGAUGAGAUGGGUGACCGAGAUGGUGUCAAAUGA